AUGAUCAGCGCCGUGCUCGUCUUCAACAACAACGGUCAGCCCCGGCUGACCAAGUUCUAUACACAGCUAGACACAGCAACACAGCAGACACUACUGAAGCAGAUUUUCGAUCUUGUGGCUGCUCGACCUGCAUCCGCAUGUAAUUUCCUGCCCUUGCCGCCCCUGCUCGCUCCCAACGGCAACGCCUCAUCCCCAGAUGUGCCUACCCAGAUCACCUACCGCCAUUACGCUACCCUCUACUUUAUCCUCAUCUCUACGUCCACCGAGUCCCCCCUUGCCCUCAUAGACUUCAUUCAGGUGUUCGUCGAGGCACUCGAUCGGCUAUUUGAGAACGUGUGCGAGCUGGAUCUGAUCUUCGGCUUCGAAACCCUCCACGCCGUCCUCAGCGAAAUGAUCGUGGGUGGAGUAGUUGUCGAGACAAGCCUCGAGAAGAUUGUGGACGGAGUCAGGGUUAGUGAAGGCACACAAGGCCGCCGGAAGGCUGUCAACGCAAGAGACUCCGGAGGCAGCUUAGGGAGAGGCUCUGGUUUUGCUGGACUUGGUUGGAGGACUGGUACCGGAAGCAGCUGGCGGUAG